AUGGAAUCUUUGAACUCCAACCCCUCGGACUCUCUCACCGUCACUUCCCCUCACGACCAUGAACCCUCGUACCCCACACCUGACCCACCGUCCUGCCCUACCCACAAUGCGAACACCACCCCCUCCACACCCAGGCUUGAGGGGCUCCAAGCCGACUCCAAUUCCCAUCCCCAGGGGAUCGGGAUCGGGACCGAUAUCUCUGUUGCCUCCUCUCCGCAUCAGGCAAAGCAAUAUUCCUGUGCAUACUGUGGACGCGUGUUUUCGACCUCUCAGGCAUUGGGUGGGCAUCAAAAUGCUCACAAAAGUGAAAGGAUAGCUGCUAGAAAGGCCGUGAGGAAUAGUGUGAACGCGGCCCAAGGGUUCCAAAGAAUUGCACCCAUGCCUCCUAAUUCGAGCUUGAGGUAUGUGAACCCUUACCUUCAAACAGGUACUCAGCAAUGGUACGAUGCUAUGGCUAUUGAGCAAGGGAACUCUUCUGAGAAUGGAGGGGCUGCUGGUGCACUUCCCUUGAUGAAUAGUGAGAUAGAAUAUAAUGGAAAUGCCAUGAAGAUGAGUGCGAGCCUCCCUGGUCAAUGGAGGGCCAAUGAGAUGGUCAAUCCGACUCUGGAAUUGGCAAGCAGCGAAGAGCCCAUCGAUCUGACUCUGCGCCUGUGA